AAUCGCCCCUGGUACCGAGAGCGUCCCGUGAUGCCACGGCCACAACUCAGAGGGCAGAUUCCGCUCCGCAAAGGUAGAUCUAUAGCUGUCCGGGUAUAUCGAAAUCGCCACUUGAUAAAGGAUCAACUAUUUCUCGCGGUCCAUGAAUCAACGGCUUCUCUUCUCUCCUUCGACAAACACAUCCAGCUCGUCAUACACCCGCCAAACCACCAGUACUUCCGUGACUUCGAAUCAGAGCGCCUUUACUCGCGACGUGCCGAGCCCUGCGUACAAUACGGUUAGUUCGGGGUUUCUUCAUCACCACAUUCAUCCCAUCACCACUGCACCGCAUCCACAUCGCCCCUACUCGCAGCCAAACAUGAUGAACAACUGGCUACUCAUUUCCACACUCACAUAUACCCACAACUCCAGCUGGUGGGCCACUCCGACCAGCGCCGGUCCGAAAGCCGUCUACCUCUGCCUCGGGCUCGUGGGCCUUGUUGCCAUUGUCGCCUUGCUGCGAGGGUGCUGUCUGGCCCGAGGUGGGCGGCGCAGCGCGAGAGCAAACGCGUGGGAUCUGGAGAGAGCAAACGCGCAGGAUAGGGUGCUGCGAGUACCGGCCCCGAGGGCGCAGACACCCGCGAGACCGAAGGGAGUUCGCGGGCAGAACAAUGUUGGGACGACUCGGAUGGAUCGUGGAGCAGCCUCGCGGCCAACGCCCGUCGAAGAGCCGCAAGCUGGUGAUAUCUCCGUCCCACCGCCGACUUACGAAGCUACAAUGCGGUGCCAGGGAUACGCAAACGGGGGGCGUUGAAUUUAUAUUCCGUAUAUAAUCAAAGUUCUCUAAUCACUGCCAGAAAGGCUUUUCCUCCUCAUCAAGUGCAAGAUUCGCACAUCACGGGUGCCUUCGGUCUG